CCGAAAGUGCGACCGUUCAUAUGGUCAAGUUUUUCGAGAUCGAAAUGUCACUCUCUGAAAAAGAAUUUGAACUCAUAAUAACACACGUACUACCGACAGCGAAAUAUUUCCUUUUUAAAAAUGCCAAUUAAUCCGUACGCACCAAUAAACUUACCUCCAGCUAGUGGAAUUGGAAGGUUUUGGCGCCUGUCCGCUAAAAUAAUAAGAUUUGCCAGACAUGGCUGUACAAAUCGACCAUUUUAUCACAUAGUCGUUAUGGAGCGGAAGAAAAACCAACAUCAACCUGUGAUUGAACAAGUCGGAACGUAUGAUCCAAUGACAAAUGAACAUGGGGAAAAGUUGGUGUCGCUUAAUUUCGAAAGGAUUCGUCAUUGGAUUGGUUCGGGUGCUCAUGUCUCAUUGCCGGUUGCUGAACUGUUGGGCAUUUCUGGUUUCUAUCCAAUACAUCCGAAAACUUAUAUGAGAGGGUGGCGGAACAGAGCAAAAGAAGAAGAAAAUCGAGCUAACGCUGAGAGCGAGGCGACCAAAGAAGAGGCGAAGAGCAGUGGUUGAUAGAGUAACUGAUUUAGUGGAAUAAAGUAGAGCCGAUAGACGAUUUAAGUGAAA